AUGGCGGGGAUCUGCUUCGCUUGCGACCCGCAGCAGGGAAACAAGAAAGGUGAAGCCGUUGCCCAUGCAGCAGCGGAGGCACCUGCGGACGACGGCGACCCUGCCACAACCAGGUUUGUCGGGAAUGAAGAUUCAGCUCGGAGCAAGGUUCGUAAAAAUAUACCCAGUACUGAGGAGGAGUCAUCCAGCAUCGCGUCGAUGAUAACUGCUAGCCGCGACAAGCGUCUAGCGAGGAAGGACCACGAAGGAAAAGAAAGGUCACCGAGCAGAGCCGGAAGGGACAAGCGUACUACCAAGAAUCUUCAGAGCUCAAGGAAAGACUCGUCUGGUGGUAACUCAAGAGGUACAAAUCACAUGGCCAAAAAAAGGCACGUGUCAGAGGAAGUGUCUUCGACAAGCACUGGCGAAACAAGCACAACUAGGUCAUCGAGCAGCGGCACAGGACAGAAGCGCGGGACUCGGACGGCCCACAAAUGGAGCAAAGCUAGCGGACAGAGCCAAACUGCUAAGAAUACUCGGCGACCAAGGAGCUCGUCGUCUAGCGGCGGCAGCAUUCGGCUUAAGCGCAGAACGAGAAGCCGAAGCCCUGUAAGAAGCAGGUCGUCGAGCAGCAGCGGCAACAGUAUUAGGCGUGGCGUUAAGAGAGACCGGAGAUCAUGGAGCACUACCUCAAGCGAAAUGAGUGAGUACAAACGUAAAACCAAGAAGGCGCGCCUUUCUGGAGCUACGUCGACGGUGAGCAGUGGCGAGAGCUCAAUGGGAACCAAAGGACAGCGUCGAGCGCGAAGCAUGUCAAGAGACAGCGGCCACAAGCACAGCGUUAAAAGGCGAUCUGUGUCGGAGAGCAGCACGCUUAGUAGCAUGGGGGAUAGUCGCAAGACGAAGAAUCGCCGUGAUGGACGCCACUCUUCGAGCACUCGCAGCAACCACGUGCGCAGACGCUCAAAAGACUCCACGUCAAGUAGCCGUUCAUCAUCCACUGCAUCGAAGCGUAGCAGCCCCAAUGAAAGGGAAGUGGUGAUUGGAAAGAACAGUCGGGAUGCUGUUAAAAAAGCCACAAUGACGGCAAAAGCUCCGAGAGCGUCAAAGCGUCAACCAGCACCCGCGGAAAAGAAAUCCAGCGGUCAAGCGGCUUCCACAGUGAAGAUUCCAACGCACAAACUCAAAGCCAAGACGUCGGAAGACAAGGGGCGCAGUCAGGAGACCACUGCACCAAAUCCGGGAAUGAGUGUUGAGUCAACAUCAGGAACAUCGCGAAACCUCAAAGCCACCACAUCCCAAGGCGCAGGAGGUGCUCAGAAAACUGAUGCACCGCCACGAACGGUAGCGACGCAUAAACGCGAGGCCAAAACGUCUGGGCAUGCUGCCAGCGCUGAGAGGACUGUGACGAUGCCUGGACCUGCAACGACGCGUACGAGCAAAGCUAGGACAUCUAAGGACGCUGGUGGCUUUGAGCAAACUGAACGUACGCGUAAAGGCAAGGCUAAGACGUCCGAGGUUGCUGGCAGCGCGAAGACUCGGCUGAUGCCAGGACCUGCACCUACGCGUAAACUCAAGGCUAAGACGUCCGAAGACGCUGGCAGUCCUGAGAAGAUUCAGCCGGCGCCAGGACCUGCACCUACGCGUAAACUCAAAGCUAAGACGUCCGAAGACGGAGGCAGCGCGAAGACUCAGCCGAUCCCAGGACCUGCAAUGACACGUACACGCAAAGCCAAGACAUCUGAAGGCGUUGGUGGCGUUCAGAAGACCGACAAAGCUGCAGGAACAUCGCGAACGCGGAAAGCAACAUCAUCUCAAGAUGCAGGAGCCAAAGGCGAGACUGGCACAGCCGUAAGUGCAACCACAACAACACGCAAAACAAAGACGGAUGAGUACGGGGAGAUUAGUCAGAAGUCUGAGUCGAUGGCUAAAACAGACAUUACGAGAAACCGCAAAGCCACGACGCAGGAAGACGCAAAAAGCUCGAAAGACACGAAGAUGACAACCACGGCUAAAAAACGCAGUACAAGGACGUCAGGAGAUGCAGAAAGUGAAAGUGCGAAAUCAACGACAACACUGACCACCCCACUCAAAAGCAAACCCAGUACGUCUGAGGAUGCGAACAUCAGCGAAAAGACCGAUGACCAGACAGCAACCGCUCCGGCGAAAGACCGCAAUGUGGAGACAACUGAAGACUCGUGA